CUAUAGGUAGGUCAUCCAACCCUGUAAGCUGAGAAACCCACAAUGUCCUCUGUGCCGGCCAAGUCGUGGGGCAUUCAGUUUCGCGAAGUGGUCAACUCGCCCUACGUCAUUAUCGCGCUGACCUGUGUCCUGGGAUACGUGGCCUAUAUAAAGACCAGACGCCAGCGUGGAACCUACGACGAUGAGGACUACGAGAAGGAAGGGCAUCGCAAGCUGCCGAAUCCAUUGACUGGACUUCGUCUGAACCGGAAACAGUUGGCCAAGUACAACUCAGCGCAUCCGGAUAAAAUUUACUUGGUGGCUCUCCGCGAAGUGAUCUUCGAUGUCUCGAGUGCCGAGCAUAUUUUUGGGCCUGGAGGCGAGCAUAACAAGCUAACGGGAACCGAAAUUUCGAAUUUCAUAAAAAAACAAGCGAUAUUCAUGAUGCGUGACCCUAACUCCAAUUUCGAGGAAUGGAAAAUGAUUCUGGAAGACUUCUUUCAUCCGGCUGGUACACUUAUCGACUUUGAAAAAGAUCUGACUACUGAUGGUGAGGAUAAAAUGGACUCAAUAGUUGAAGAAUCAGGCGAGGAAGAUGAUAAAAGUGGUCAUGGGGAGCAGAAGAUGGAGCCGGAAACAGAGCCGGUAAUGGAGCUUGAUUCUAAACUAGAGGUCCUGAUUCCCGCAAUGCCUGACCUACAUUUGGGGCCAGCAGAUGAUCCCAUAAACUCUGAUUGCGAUUCUCUUCGCACUGCCUACGAUUUUCCACCAGGUCAGGAUGAUCGCGCGGAUGAAAAAGAUGACGAAGAUGGGGAUGAGGAUAAAAAAGAUGUGGAUGGUGAGGAAACCUUGGUUGAAGUUGGCCAGGGGGAUCGUAGUGCCAGUCCCAGCAAGAAUGAGAGCAUAACAGAUGGGACCCUCAACGACACCAUAUGGAAUGACACAGAUGUAACGAUGAUUGCCAAUUUUUAAACAUCCUCAUCUUCAUACGCCGCCCAUUGAAAUCCAGUCAAAAGUGGCACUUAACCCAUCAUAAGCUCCCAUAUAUGAACUUAAGCUGUUAGCCGUAAUAACACAAACACAAAUGAAUACCUCUCGGAUUUUAUGUGUAUCUGCAUUCAGAGCACUUACACUGUAAUCAAUGCUUUUUACGCAUUUCGAAAUUAUGUAUAGCUAAAGAUUCGAUAGGGAUUUCUAAUGUAUUGCUAUGUAAUGAAAGGGUUAACGUGUCA